CCAUAUUGCACCGCGUAGCGUCUUGAUUUGUCCCCAGGUCGUACCGCGGAACCUUAUUUAAGCCGCGGGUAUGCCGUUUGGGGUCUGUCGCGUCGCGACCUGUCGUACACCAGCAUGCGUAGCAGGCUGAUCCUUGCUAUUUGAGAACUACGUGCAUGUUUCUGCUUUCAAUAACGAAACUAAUCUACUUAUAAAGGUGUUUGUGCAUCCGUCACUACAAAUCUGUAUAAAUUAUUUUGUUCUAGUUUGAUUAACAUAUUAUUUUCAUUGCAUACAACCAACUGAACACCUCCUGGUUGAAUGACAACGAGAUGGAUACAACUUUAGAACUAUCAGGAAUUCAAAGUUCUAAAGAUAUUGAUACGGUGUUCGAAGCUCUCAAGACAAAAGCCGAGAAUGCAGACCAUGCGUUGGCUAGUAAGGUGAAUGAGGUGAAACAUUUGCUCGAAAAACAGCAGUCUCUUCAGUCCAUUUUAUCAAGAAUUACACGCGUAGUACAGGACGCGACUGAAUUGGAAGUCGCUUUUACGGAAACGAAGGAUGUCGACCACCGUCUCAUAGAACGUAUACAACAAAUUGAUCUGGAGCAGAACCGGGCCAAGGAGUGUCUGCUUUAUGUUCGUCAAAUCAAAGAUUUUAAACGCUGUUUGCGGGACUUGGGUGUUGCCAUGGAACGCCAGCAUUGGGAACAAGCCGCCGAUUGUAUUCAUCAGGCAAACAGCACAUCUUCCGCAAUCAUUAACAGUGAGUUUGCAAAGAUCAGUGUUCCCAGUACUGAGCAACCACUGGUUCCCGUAGAAACACUUCGUCAAGCAACGGAUUCCCUAUACACUCUCUUUCUUCGUGAAUUCCAGAGAGCUGCUCGAGAGCAAGAUCAACGGAAAAUUACUCGUUUCUUCAAACUGUUUCCGUUAAUUGGAAAGGACAAGGAGGGUGUAGAUGCGUAUUGGCAUAUCUUUGGCGGCCUUAUUGCAGCCAAAGCUCGGGCAACCAUGGAUCAACCUGUCUCACAUGUACUUUUCUUCUCACAAGCAUUUGCUGGACUUUUGGAACACGUUUCCACCAUUAUAAACAACCACUUGCCUCUCGUGCAUCGGUACUAUAAAGCCGAGAAUGCAAUUGAUGUGAUAGGGAAACUUCAGUCGGAUUGUGACCACCAGGGUACUCUUAUUAUUAAUACUAUGCUGGAAGAACGGAAAACGUUACAACUCAUUGCCCAAAUUCGUUCCUACACGUACCAAUCACUCAAAGCCCGUUUACAAGGAAGGGUGAUUCCAAUAGAACAACGUGAGGCCGAGGCCGUUCCACUGCUUACGUUGCACCCUGUUCUCAAUGAACAUGGCAGCAUCUUCUCUAGAUGGAACGCCUACAAACAGUUUAUUAGCCAGCUUGUCUGGCAACUCGGUCGUGAUGAGUACAAACCAGGCGCGCCUAUCACUAUUCCCGAAGGGACCAAAGUGCCUCUUGCGCCGCUGUUUGCCAAAAGUCGUAUUGAAGAGUGUCUCGCACAGAGAUUGUUGUCUAUGCAAAUUGAGAUGGAACGUUACUAUUUCCGGCACAGCGUUGAAAUUGCUCUUGAAAUGGAAGAAAUGGACUGGAGUAACAUGCCGUUUGUAAGCUCGCUGGUUGACGAUGUCAUGUAUAUUGCAAAGCAAGUCUUGGAACGGCUGUUCUACGCUGGAAAUGCAAAACUCUUUUGCACUUUUGUUGAUGAGACGUUUGUAAAGGUUUUGACGGAUGAUUUUACAACUUAUGUCCUUUCCAAAGAGAAUGCCAUGCGUACCAUGCCAAAGAACGUAGUUCCCAGGCGAGGUGUUUCACUGAAACCCAGUGAAAACCACAAUAACCAACUUUGCGCACUCCUAAACAUCGCUUCUUUGGUUGCCAAUUUUGCCAGACGUAUCACGGAUGCUUUAAGACAGAACAUCCAACAAGUGUACGGUUUUGGUGAGGACACCUUUGUCGUUGAGAAGUCCCUUUCAAAAAUUGAUAACUUCGUUAAAAACUUUGAUCGUAUUCAAGACAGAAAUCUCUCUAUAUACUUUUCGACGUUCGUUAUUCCAAAAAUCAACAAGUUGCUGUUCAACUCAUUUGGCACUGUGAACUACAAGAUGUCACUUGAAGAAUACUCUGCUGUUGCGGAUGCGAAAAGGUCCAAUUUAGCACAUCUUCGUCCUCAAUGGAAAAAACUGACGGAAUUCCCCGAAUUCACUUUAGAGAAUCAGACACAAUUGCUUGAACUCUCGUGCAAGGAAGCUGCUCAUAUUCUGGAAGAAUACCUACUGAAAAAGUUUCAGUGGACGGAGUACGGUGCGAUGAUAUUAGAGAGCGACAUAUCUUCUGCCAUUUCAAUCUUUGUUUCCGACCACCAACGGUACCGAUCAUUCUUUAACAAACUUCAAGAGCUUCUCAUGCUUGUUGUUUGGGAGAGCGAGAAACCAGAUCCUCAACAGGUUUUGAAUGACUUAAACUUGCAAGAAGUGAAUGUAAAUGAUGUUCGUACAAUGCUGUCUCGUCGCGUCGACUCAUAAUAGAGCUAGUCAAACGAUCUUCGUGGGUACAAUACCACAAGCUAAUCCAUUUCAAACCUUCUAUUUUGUCAUUGAGUAAUCGCUAUUUGUUGACUGAUCUCGAGUGUUUCAAUUAUGACUACUAGGAAAAUACCGAACGACAACAACAAGAAAGAACCCGUUUACGAAUCUAAUAUUUAUGAAAAUGUGAACAACGCACUCUCUAUUGUUCCACUAUAGAAUGCCUAACACGAAAUAAAUCCCAUGCCAGCGAGUCAUACUUUCUUCCUCCAAACACCCUCCUCACCUACACUCUCAUCGCCA